UUAGAAUUACGAAACCGUUAAUUCAAAAAACCCUCAGACCACCGCCUCCUGUUUGUAGGAAAGGUAUAGUGAGAUUGUUCAGUCGCACUGUUAUUAUUUGAUUCGGGUGUACAGUCGGAGGAGGAAGCGGUUUGAAAUAGCUUCGUCUUUUUAUAACCGCCAUAUCUUUAGUGGAAUAAAUGGGAUUUAUCAUUGCUAGGAUUUGCAACUGAUGCUGUUACUGCUCAUGAUUGAAGCGCCGCGAUCAUUGUUUCCUCGUUUGUUUUGAUCUACAGCUGAUAGCCAGACAGACAACAUGUCGCAGCGAUACCUAGACUCGAUUCGUAACCCACAGCCGUACCCUGCUUCAGAUACGGACAACGCUCCUAGUCGAUCACAUACACCUGUUGCUGGUCCUAGGAACUACUCCACCCCCAAUAAUCCCCCUAGUCGUUCCAGAACACCCGCUUCGGUCUUAGAACUGACCAACCCUAAGCCUUACCCUAGCGCUCAGGCUACCUAUGCUAACCCAGUUCUGAAGCCGACGGCGGUCAAGGGCGGAGAUAACCAGGCAUACUACCACGAUGAUGAUGACAAACCGAAAAACAAACGUCUGACGAAGACGAGAAGCACACCACGGGGGACGCCGCCCGGUAGUGAUGCGGAGACCAGAUAUGCUCAGCCUACCAAUGGUUAUAAGGGAGGCUCUAUGUCCAGUAUUAAUCUUGCCUUACAGGUAGCUGAUGGGCAACCAAUUAAGAGAGAGACAGCGUUCGAUGUGGAGGCCGGUCCCAACCCUACUCCAAGAACAACCAGUGUCGACAGCAGACCCAAGGCUGCCUCGAGUGCCUUGGGUUCGAAACCCAUCAAUACGACGAGUUCAUCGCAUCCUAUGACAACCAGGGAAAAGAGAGAAAAGAUGGCCAGAGCUGGGGGGAAAGAUGAGGAGGAUUGGUAUGAUGAUGAUGAUGAUGAAGUUUGGUAUAAACGACAUGAAAAGCUUCUAUGGAUCCUCUGCCUCGUGUUCUUCCUGGUGGUAAUCUUCUUCGCAAUUGGCCUUGGCCUGGGUCUAAGAAAUCGAGGUUCCGGGUAUUCAGCAGGUAUCUUCGCUAAUACAGCAGGAGAGGAAUGCAGAUUCUCUUGCCGAAACAGAGCUCAAUACACCAGCAGGUCAUCCAAUCCCUUGAUCGUGUUCGCAGUAGACGGCUUGCCCGGUGAUCUAUUCAAUGUUGAACAGGACUACGCAAGAAAUAUCAAAAGAAUGAGUCAAUGCGGUGUUCAUUCGCGCGAUGUGGUUCCAUCCUUUGCGAGUACAACUUAUCCCAAUCUAUGGACGAUUCUUACUGGCCGCUACCCAGAGAAUCAUGGAGUAAUAUCUGAUUACAUCCGUAGUACUGUCAGAUCGUCUCGUGUAUUCGAACCCAGAGUCUCGCAAGAAUAUCUCGACGAGAGUCAGUGGUACAAGGCCAAACCAUUAUGGCAGACUGCCCGUGAGCAAGGCGUGAUAACAGCCAGUCAUUCAUGGAUCGGUAAUAACAUGCAAACCUACAAUAAUGACGAAGGACAGACCAUUAACAGCAAACCAAACUACUACCAAAGAUACAGCUCAAGCCUGAGUGCCCAGGAUAUGAUUGAUACAGUCAUGAGAUGGAUAGAACAAGACGAUGUCGAAAAAAUUCCACAGUUCAUCUCUGUAUACUUCAAUGAGCCUGGCGAUACAAUCAGACAAUAUGGAUACAACUCACCAGAGGCUAAUGUAGCACUCAUGGAGGUUGACAUGGCCAUUGGAAGCCUGUUCGACUUCUUGUACGAUCGCCAAGAUUUGGGAUGUUUCAACACGAUGGUGCUCUCCCCAUCGGCACUGGUGAAUACAACCUGCGGUAACGGCAAUAGCAAUGUCAAGUUCUUAGACCAAGAGUUACCCAACACACGUGGUUUCGAGAUGACGCCUUCCUAUCUAAACACAUUUGCUAGCAUUCAAGUCAACGAUCUUGAUGCUGACGAUGCACGUGAUACAAAUGAAGAGUUAGCAGCCUAUUUGAAGUGCCGUUUUACUGCUGAAGGAUCUGUAUACACACGCGAUGACCUACCGGCUAGAUAUCACUACUCAUCAGACAUGAUACCAGAUGAUGUCUACGUUCUGAUGAAAGAUGGAAAGUCGUUUGCCAUGACUCCUACAAACUAUGAACAGCAGAGUUGUCAGUAUACCAGCGAUGGAUAUGAUCCUAGUGAGGUCGAAUCAAAGGCAUUGUUCGUUGGUUUUGGAUUGAGCUUCAGAGAGAAUUAUCGCGCUUCUGAAUUCGAUACCAUGGACGUGUACAAUCUCAUGACUAAGCUCUUAGGGGUGACCGGCGAACCCAACAACGGUACAGAUGGUGCCCUGGACCACAUGUUAAGGAGCCCUGGAGUCUUCCCCACGAUGUCCAUGGAGUUCGCUCUUGAAUCCACCUGUACCUUCGCUAACCGUGAUAUGGCAGCUUAUGAUACCGGGUGCACCUGUGCCCCUGUGAAUCAGAACGGACCCACGGCUAUGGAGAGACUAGAACAGGUCGUCAUGACUGCUUCGAGUAGCUCAGCCGUUCGUCAUAUCCCGUUUGGUGCACCCAGCCUUCUUUCCUCCGUUAACCCAGACUCGAGCUCCUGUAAGCUCUAUCAAAGCAGCUAUGUGAUGGUUUAUGAUAAGACACUCGCUAUCAGCAAAUACGCCUCAUUUACAUUGACACCUGGGUUCAACACGGUAACCAUGCCAACCAACUGCAUCAUCACUGAUACUCGUCUUGCCGUAGGGGAGAAUCCUAGCUGUGAUACCUAUGGUCCAUUAGAAUCUAUAUCUCUGGCUCCAGACAUUCAACAGUCAUUCUUGCUCCAACCAGAGCUGUCAGUAGGAAGUGCAGAUGCUGGAGUCAUAACAUCAAACAUCAUACCAAUCUACUCCAUGUUCGAAGCAGAUAUAUGGGAUCAACUGACUGGACUCUAUCGCACAUGGGCCAACCUUGGAUCAUCGAGGAGCAUCAACAUCGUCCAGGGACCCAUCUACGACUUCAAUCGCGAUGGCGUAGCUGAUCCUUUCUCUCUUAUUUCAUCCUCUAAUGCCUGGGCCGGUCAGACUGUAGUUCCAUCUCAUUUCUUCAUCAUUGCUACACGGUGUGCAAACAAUACAGCUCUAGAUUCAUGUCCGGUAAACGGGGUUGAAACGAGUGCUUUCAUUCUACCGCACAACAACAUGGGAUUACCUUGCCAACAGACAAUUAGCCUCGAAGGUUAUCUUAUGGAGCACCGUGCGAGCGUCAUGGACGUAGAGCGCAUGUCAGGACUCACCUUCUUCUCUGAUUGGUCCAUGUCUGAUGACGUCAACACUAGACGAACCAUAACCCUCAAGAAGACAGAUAUUGCAUACUUGCCAUGGACGAACUAAAACAAAAAAUCAAGAGAAGUGUAAAGGUGAACAAGACUCUAAAUUGUCGGCGUUUGAAUUGAAAUAUCCAGAUGGACUCACCUUCUCGGCUGAAAUUAUCUUGCCUUGAACAGAUCUUCGGUAACUCUGCUUCUUUUCUGCCUUCUUACGAGCAUUGUUUCAUACAAGCUAUUACCAAUAACAAAUUACAGCCAUUGAUAUAAGCUACUGAAAUCACUGAAUAUGAUUGGCUGUUAGCAAAUUUCUUAGAAUGGUUACAGUCGUUAUUGAUAACAGGGCCCUGAUAUCAAUGGCGACGUCAUCGUUUUGGAAUUUUUUUGUGGAGAUACUGUGGAAGUGUAAAAUACAUUUUUUUAGAAGAAAAAAAAAGUCUUUCAAGCUUGUUAGACAAUAUUUCAGUUAGGAAUAUAGUCUAGAAAAAUAUUUUCUGUCCAUCUUAAUUUUUUAAGUAUAUGUCUUAUAUAUUUAUUGUGGCAUGGUGAACUUAUAAGUGUUCUUUCAAAAGUUUGAAGACAGGUCAUCAUUUUCAACUUUCAUUAUAUUUCAAACUGGUACAUGUAUUGGACACAAUAAUAAUGUUUUUUUUAUUCGGGAGAUUGAUUCCUUAUUCAGAACUAGGUGAUGAUAAGAAUAUGGUAUAAACUAGUUUAGCCUUUUAGCUGAAAAGAAUAUACCAUAACAAUGCUGCUAUUUAUAGAUUUUUAAAUAAUAUGUCUAUGUAAAAGGGGUAACCUGUUGACUAAAGAGAUACAAUGUAUUGGAUUUCUGAUGGGACGUGCAUUAAUAUUUAAAUACUAAUAAAAUGUGAAUAUUUGUCCAAAGUAUAUCACAUAACUGAUGAAUUGCCAUACCCACUUUAUGAAGGGAUACUUACAUAAUAUUGCAAAGACAACUGAGUAUCUAAUUGUUCAGUGCUUUGUGUUUUCUUGUUGAAAUUCAACAAUCCUAAACGCAUUUUCAGAGUAUGUUUAUGUAUGUGAAUAUGUAAUACAUAAUCAAUCUUUCCCAACAAUAUCGACACCUGUUUUUUUACAAUGCAGUAGAAUCACUAACGGAAUCUGCAGACACUGUGUUAAGUACUACGACUAACCAAGGUGUGCCAGCAAACUAUCGUUAUAUUCAUCUUUACAAUGGCUAAAAGUGCCAAAUUGAACCAUUUGUAUAUCAAAUAUUUGAUCACUGAUUUAAGAAUACUUCUGCUUUUUAUAUUAGUGCCGUGAAUUUGUAAUUCAUUGCUGCUUUUCAAGGUGAUGAAUUGAAUUAUCUUCUUCUUGUUAAAAUGUAAUAAUUGAAUAGUUUUAACAAUUCAAUAUGAUGAAAGAUUUAGCAAAAUGAAAUAUGAAGCAACUCUGUGUUUGAUUUGAAUUGAUUUGUUGUGUGUAUAUACUAUUUGCAUUUUUUCAUGAAGUUUAAUAGCAGAGCUUUGUAAAUAGUUCCAACCAAAUUUUCAACAUUCGUGUACUCGGUUUCUACUUUAUUACAAUUCGAGGACCCCAUUGAAUCUCUGAAAUUUCUGUUCUUUGUUGAUAAGACGAAUCACGGCACUUUGAAGACGCUCGCAAAACCUGUCAGAAAAUCAACUUAAGAGUCUUUCAACAGCCUUGAAAAUUACAAUGGCGUAUUACGUAAUCAAAAUAUAAUUUCUAUGGACAAUACAAUUGUGUAAGAAAACUGCCUUUAUGUUGAUAUUUGAAACUCUUUGCGAUCAUGUUUUGAUACGGGAUGGGCUAUUCCGGAUUGCAUCCUUGCGACUAAUCCGUUUUGGGUGUCCAAAAUUACUCAUGAAUGGUUUCAUAUUUUGGUCAUAGUUUCAUAUAGGAUAAAAGAAGGACAUAUAUAGCGAUGUAACAUUGUAUUGUUUUUAUAUAUUUGCCAAAUUAUACGAAUGGUGCAGGUUUUUUAUAUUGAGUGUAACAUGGACUAUUUGGAUAAAUAUUGACUACUUUGAUGAGAGCGGAGAUAUAGUGUAGGCAUACGUGCAUUCAUAGAUACAUUAAUACAUUAUCACCCUUCUUUUAUUAUAGAUCGUGAAUAUCUAUGUUAAGAACCUGAUUUGCGGUGUUAAAAGAAUGUUAUCUUCACUGCAAUAAUGUACACUUUGUAUAUCUUUAGCCUGAAUGAAAUAUUCAGUAAACAGAAAAGCCUUUUUA